AUGCCGCUGCUUAGGACACUAUCUCCGCCUCGCCGUGCAGUCAGGUCAAAGAGCUCUGGCAGAGAAGUGCACCGCCUCGACCCAGACGGAGAGGUCAGUCUCUUGAUGACCCGAUACGUCCAGUACAGCGACGAGUCAGAGUGCGGAGAGCCCAGAGCACCAUGCGAGACUGCGAACGUUGGUCCUUGUGAAGAAGAGAUCACGGUAUGUGUUUCAUCAAGGCAUUUGAUCCUCGCCUCGGCCGUCUUUCGUGCGAUGCUGCAGCAUGGAUUUGGGGAGAGCCGUGUCCUGCGCGCGGCGGGCAGCGUCAAGAUCUCUCUCCCUGACGAUGACCCCGAUGCCUUUCUUAUAAUACUGAACAUCAUCCACGGCCAUCUACGCCAGGUGCCGCUGGAGGUGGACCUCCAGACGUUCACCCAGCUUGCUAUACUUGUGGACAAAUAUGAGCUGCAUGAGCGUAUCGAGGUAUUUGCGGGCUUCUGGUUUAAUAAUCUGAAGCCCGCCAUUCCCGAAUGUUAUACGGACGAGGUCCCCUUCUGGACGUGCAUCUGCUGGGUGUUUAACAAGCCGGAGGAGUUCAAGAGAGUCACUCGACUAGUACUGCGACAGGGUCGAGGCACCUUACUCUUCGGUGAGCUACCGGUGCCGUCCUUGGUUGUGGAUGCAAUCAAUAGCCGUCGAGAGGAGGCUCUCGGGCGGAUAAUCUCUGCGCUCCUUGACCAUCUCGACGACUAUCUGGAGAACGAGCACUGCAACUUCGAAUGCGACGCGCUGAUGGUAGGAGCCUUGACAAAGCGCUUGCGCGCGUUCAACAUCUUGCCAGACUGCCCAAAGCCGCCGUAUACGGGCCUCAGCCUUGAAGACUUCACAUACCGCUUUCGUCACGGUAUGUAUUUCCCGGCCGCUCAGAGGACCAGCACCUUUUUCUACAGCCAUUCGAAGUGUGCCAUUCCAUCCAUGGACCUGAUGCUGGCAGAGUGCGAGCAGCUGUCGGAUGGUCUAGAAAUGGCGGACUAUAUAUCAGGCUCGGUGUUGGCCUUAGAAGGAGCAAGAAGUUUGCCUUAG